UAUUGUUCCUGGUGGCCUUCCUGGCCUCUUACUUCUCUACGUCUCUCAAUUGUACCUGAUCGGUUUUCCAAACUCUCAAGAUGUCGAUGGACUUAGACGCCCCAGUGUCGCUACCGUCCAUCCACCAGCCACAGACGGCGGCGACAAUCCUCUGCUGCAAUUGUGGUGCACCAAUAGACGGCACAGCAUCAGCGGGCGCAUUAUGCUAUGACUGUAUCAAACUCUCCGUUGAUGUGUCAGAAGGGAUUCAGAGAGAAGGGGUGCUGCAUACCUGCCGUGAUUGCGAGCGAUGGCUAAGUCCUCCCUCGCAAUGGGUGACAGCAGCACCUGAAAGCAGAGAGCUGCUUGCUCUGUGUCUUCGCAAAUUACGCGGUCUCAACAAAGUCCGAAUCAUCGAUGCAAAUUUCAUCUGGACGGAACCUCAUUCAAGAAGAGUAAAGGUUAAAAUCACCGUCCAACAAGAAGCAUACGAGGGGACUAUCAUCCAACAGACUUUUGAGGUCGAAUACGUGGUCGCCUACCAGCAAUGUCCAGAAUGCCAAAAAUCCUACACACCGAAUACAUGGCGGGCUUCAGUACAAGUCAGACAGAAAGUGCCUCACAAGCGAACAUUUUUGUACCUCGAACAAUUAAUCCUGAGACACCAAGCACACAAGGACACCAUUAACAUCAAAGAAGCCAAAGACGGCCUAGAUUUCUACUUUGCACAACGAAAUCAUGCCGAGAAGUUUGUCGAUUUUCUCACAUCAGUCACACCAACCAAGGUGAAGAAAUCUCAAGAGCUGAUUUCGAUGGACAUCCAUACUUCCACCAAAUCCUACAAGUUUACAUACUCCUGUGAACUACUCCCGAUAUGUAAAGACGAUCUGGUGGCGCUUCCAAUCAAGCUGGCAAAAUCGAUCGGCAACAUCGCUCCACUAGCACUUUGCUACAGAGUAGGUACAUCAGUGAAUCUGAUAGAUCCUACCACCCUGCAGACAGCGGAUCUUCCCACAAAUACCUACUGGAGAAGCCCUUUUAAAAACCUGGCCGAUGUGCAGGAACUAGUCGAGUUCGUUGUACUCGAUAUCGAACCCUUGGGAACGCAAAACGGUCGAUUUUUCUUGGCAGAGGCCACGGUAGCGCGAGCUUCAGAUCUGGGUGUUAACGACAAGACUUACUAUUGCAGAACACAUUUGGGCGGGGUUUUACAUGCCGGAGACUCAGUAAUGGGCUACAGUCUGUCUGGAACAAAUUUCAACAACCCACAGUUCGAAGAGCUGGAGCAGAGCAACACAUAUGCUUCGACAAUCCCCGACGUUAUGCUGGUCAAGAAGUUCUACGCACGGAAGAAGAAACCCAAGUCCAGGAGCUGGAGACUCAAGCGGAUGGAGAAAGAUGAGGGCGAACUUCUACCCAAGAAGGCGGACCAGGAGAGGAUGGAUGCAGACUACGAAAUGUUCUUGCGUGAUGUAGAGGAAGAUGCCGAACUUCGACAGACAUUGGCUCUCUACAAAGCGAAGCAGCAGAAGAACAAGGACGCGGACAUGAUGAGCGUGGCCACAGGAGAGGACAGUGAGGACGAAGUACCGAAGAUCAACGUGGACGAGUUACUGGAUGAUUUUGAAGACUUGAAUGUCCAUGAUGAUGAAUGAUGGCAUGCCAUGGCUGUGCUCCAGGCGUUUGGGCUUACAUAGGCUUUGUUCAUGGGCAGAAUGGAUGACUUGGGGUUGAAAGUCCGAGUCUGUUGGUUAUUAGCCACCGAAUCUGAUGAAUGUCAAC